CGGCUGGAUGAAGCCGUGGUGAACCGCAUCGCGGCCGGCGAGGUGAUCCAGAGACCGGCCAACGCCAUCAAGGAGAUGAUAGAAAACUGCUUGGAUGCUAAAUCUACCAGUAUCCAGGUGGUGGUUAAGGAAGGUGGUCUGAAGCUCAUCCAGGUCCAGGACAACGGCUGUGGGAUCCGGAAAGAAGAUUUGGACAUUGUGUGUGAGAGAUUCACUACAAGUAAAUUGCAAAAAUUUGAAGACCUGGCUAGUAUUUCCACCUACGGUUUUAGGGGCGAGGCGCUGGCUAGCAUCAGUCACGUUGCCCACGUUACGGUAACAACUAAGACAGCUGAUGCAAAGUGCGCAUACAGAGCUACUUACAGCGAUGGAAAAAUCAAAGCCCCCCCAAAACCCUGUGCUGGAAACCAGGGCACUCAGAUCAUGGUCGAAGAUCUCUUUUACAAUGUAAAUACAAGGAGGAAAGCUUUAAAAAACCCUAACGAAGAAUAUGCAAAGAUACUAGAAGUUGUUAGCAGGUAUGCUAUCCAUAACUCGGGCAUCAGCUUUUCAGUUAAAAAGCAAGGUGAUACCAUGUCAGAUGUUAGAACCUUAUCAAAUGCCUCCACGGUGGACAACAUUAGGUCCAUCUUUGGAAACGCUGUUAGCAGGGAGCUGAUAGAAGUGGGCUGUGAAGAUGCAAGCCUGGCCUUUAAAAUGAAAGGCUACAUCACAAAUGCCAACUACUCUGUGAAGAAAUGUGUAUUUCUACUCUUCAUAAACCAUCGACUGGUAGAGUCGGCUGCUUUGCGGAAAGCCGUAGAAACUGUGUAUGCUGCUUAUUUGCCAAAAAGUACACAUCCCUUCCUAUACUUAAGCCUGGAAAUUGCUCCCCAGAAUGUAGACGUGAACGUGCACCCUACAAAACACGAGGUCCAUUUCCUUCAUGAAGACAGCAUUCUAGACCGCAUUCAGCAACACAUAGAAAGCAAGUUAUUGGGCUCUAACUCUUCAAGAAUGUAUUUCACUCAGACAUUGCUUCCAGGGGCCGACUGUUCUUCCAGCGAAAUUGUAAAAUCAGCAGCAAACUCUUCAGCUGUUACCAAAGGAGCCAGCGAUAAAGUUUGUGCGCAUCAGAUGGUCCGCACCGAUUCCCGAGAGCAGAAAUUAGAUGCUUUUCUUCAGCCAGGGAACAACCCUCGAAGUACAGGCCCUGCCGAAGCGAUGACCGAGGUUAAUGCAGGACCUCCAGAGGGUCAGGUGAGGCCACAGGAUGCCGAAAUGGAAGACGUCAGUGAUCGAGUUGAAACAGCUGUUGUUCAGGAGGACAUAGCGAUGCCUGCAGAGCUGAGUGAGACCAGACGCCUGUCUCCUGAGACGGUGCCUCCUCCUCGAAAGAGAACGCGGGAAGACGCAGACACAGAAAUGGAUCAGGAUGACACUAGAAAGGACAUGACAGCUGCCUGUACCCCUAGAAGAAGAAUUAUCAACUUGACCAGUGUGUUGACUCUCCAGGAGGAAAUCAGUAACCAGGCACAUGCAAAUCUUCUGGAGAUGCUGCAUGACCACUCAUUUGUUGGCUGUGUCAGUCCUCAGUGGGCUCUGGCCCAGUAUCAGACAAAACUGUAUCUUCUCAACACAACAAAACUCAGCCAAGAACUCUUCUACCAGAUACUUAUUUAUGACUUUGCCAACUUUGGAGUCUUAAGGUUGUCUGAGCCAGCUCCUUUAUAUGAGCUUUCAAUGCUCGCUUUAGAAGAUCCUGAAAGUGGCUGGACAGAAGAUGACGGCCCAAAAGAAGGGCUCGCGGAAUACAUCGUGGAGUUUCUGAAAAAGAAGGCUGAAAUGCUCAAAGAUUAUUUUUCUCUUGAAAUCGAUGAGGAAGGAAACCUUACUGGGUUACCACUUCUUAUAGACAACUACAUUCCACCGCUGGAAGGACUGCCUAUGUUUAUCCUUCGCUUGGCCACAGAGGUAAACUGGGAUGAAGAAAAAGAGUGUUUUGAAAGCCUAAGUAAAGAAUUAGCAAUGUUCUACUCCAUUAGAAAGCAGUAUAUAAUAGAUGAAGUCAACUCGACAAACUCUCAGAAUGAAGAUUCUGACUCUGGUUCCACAACAUGGAAAUGGACUGUGGAACAUGUACUUUAUAAAGCUUUUAGGACUCAUCUUUUACCUCCCAAACACUUCACGGAAGAUGGAAACAUUUUGCAGCUUGCUAACCUGCCUGACCUGUAUAAAGUUUUUGAGAGAUGUUGAGCAAGUAGCUCUUGGACUGAUGCAAUUUGUGCUGCAUUCUGUUUUACUUACUUAAUAAUAAAACUGAAAUUUUUGAUGG